AUGGCGAUGAUGAUGACUGGCCGUGUGCUGCUGGUGUGUGCCCUCUGCGUGCUGUGGUGCGGUGCCGGCGGUGUCUUUGCUGACGAGGUGGUACCUGUUGUCGAGCCACCUGUUAUUUCUGCAAGCGGUGGUGUUGUUACCGACAAAGACACUGGUCGUACGGCACCUGGUGGAGCAGGAAACCCUUCCGUAGAGAAAACAGAGCUGAAGAAAUUUGAGGGUUCCGCACCCGGGAUAUCGUCAUUGGAAGCUGCCUCAGAGAUUGAAUCAACAAAACAGCAGACGCAAUCCGACCACGAACACAAGGAUCCAGUGACACCUUCACAAUCAUCGGGAGAACAGCGGCAAGAUGAACAAAACGAAGAUCCACCAGAGGAACCGGGGGCGUCACUCGGUCAAGAGGAGAGGAAGCAUGCAUUAGGUGGAGUUCCAGAGAGAAAUAAUCCGCCACCUGCUUCAAGUAACAACAAUACCGUCAGCAGUAAUAGUGAGGAACGCAGAGAAGAUACUUCGAGGAGUACUGAAAUUAUUGUUGCAGCACCGUCAGAUGAGGGGCACGAACGUGAAAAUGUUACUCCUUCUUUGGAACAACCCUUGGAAGCUUCCACAGCCGCACCGGCCAUUACCACUCAAACAAGUUCCAUUACGCCGCCCGACGAAAGUGGGAGCAACACCGUCAAAAUGAGUGAGGCAUCACCCCAAUCAACAGGAACUACUCAAACAAAUCAUACGGCGACACCUGGCGACAGUGACGGCAGCACCGCGGUCUCUCACACCACCUCCCCUCUUUUGCUUCUUCUUGUUGCGUGUGCGGCUGCUGCUGCGGUGGUGUCCGCGUGGGAGUGA